AUGACCUACGAAGAGUUUCGAGGUUGUAUGGAACAGUACUGUUCCAAACCAGGUGCAUCAUUGGCAUGCCUUUUUUCCACUGGCUUGCCAACUUCCCCCUGCCCCCCUCCUGAGCUUACCUCUCAUUAUGAGAGGUCACAGACAGUUCAUCUGACCGUCAUUCUACUGGUUUCAUGCCGGAAGGAAGGCACCUCAGCAUCUGCUGAGUGCCAGCUCACCAAAGUGCCCAGCGCUUUGGCUUUCUCUGGGCAGGCCAAAUCCCUGGCCACAACUGUUCCUUCUCAUUGUGAGAAGUCAAAGAUGGUCCACACAACCAUCUCCCCACCUGUUCCAUGUGGGGAUAAGAGCAUUUCAGCAUCUGCUGAGUGCCUGAGGUCUGAAGUGCUCCAUGCUUCGACUUUUUCUGGGCCAGCCAAAUCCAUGGUCCAUACGCAUUCCUCUCGCUCUGAGAGGUCCAAUACGGUCCAAGCAACCGUAUCCCCACCCAUUCCAUGUGGGGAAAAGGGCGUCUCAGCAUCCACUGAGCGCCAGCUCACCGAUGUGCCCUGUGCAUCGACUUUUCCUGGGGCUGUUAAAUCUCCAGCCCCUAUCUCUUCCUUUCAUUCCGAGAGGUCAGUGGCCGUCCCUGCGACCACUCCUCCACCUGUUCCGAGUGGGGAGAAGCGUGUGCAAGUCCGGGUAGGGUGCCAGCUCACUGAGCACCCACGCAACCUGACCUUCAAGUUUUCCAGGUCAAAUUGCCCAGUGGUUCUUUCCACUGUCCCCCGGCAACCCGCUUUGCCUGUAUGCCCAGAAUUGACACGGACAACAUGUCCUAUGUCGAUUCCAGGCCAGGUUAAUGGUAGUCUGGCGCCUGUGGACUGCCAGCUUGCGGAAGCGCCGACCCGCACUUCUGUGAUCCCUGAGCCAUUAAAGGCUCCUACCAUCACCCCUGGGUCUGGAUCCGUCCCAGACCUAAUCAUACACACACUCCCACACUCCCAACUCCCAUUCCCAGAGUCUGAGGGGGAGAGUGAGUCGCUGGAGGACGACAUCACACUUGCUGUUCCAGCAAGCGCAGUAUUCCUCCUGCCCAGUAGAAAUACUGGGCUGCAUCAUUUGCGAUCGGCUGAGAUAGCCGAUCAACUCCCUUCACUCAUGAAGGGAGACCGUGAUCUAAAAGAUAGGAUCAAAUCCUAA